UGUCAAUUGCCCACACGACAGGGUUUUAGAAGACAGCCUCGUAAAACUUCCUGAGGCCCGUGAAGGCCAAAUUCCCUGACCCAACAUGUUUCAUUGGAAACACAUCGUUUAAAAACACUCAAAUGGACUAAACUGGCAUAAACAACACUCCCAAAGGAAACCGUCAAACACCCCAAAGGGUUUGGGUUUAGGCAUGGAAAGUCCAAAUAUGGAAUGUCAUUGACAGAACGGCCGAGAGUGACAACCGACAAGAAAUAACAAUUUCAAUGAAAUCAAGUUCGGCCAUCCCUAGUAGUACUUUGACUGGUACCUUAGACUUUAACUUCGUUCUGCCCACGAUCCCGUCGAGAGACGCCAAGAAGUUCGCUCUCCAGGUGUGGAGUCAUCGAUUUCCAGUUCCGUUCGUCGUUGGAAAAUGGAUCGGCAACGCAACGGGCGCGCUUAAGCAAAAUUCUUGGUCCCUCACGUCAGUCUUCUUCAGAGCUUUGAGUAUCAAGGUGUUCCAAAUUUCGUGGAACCAUGCUCUCUUCCGGGACUGUAUUUGUUUUAGUUGUCUCUGUUUUAGUCAGAUCAACUGUAUCCUUAGAUACAGCCAAUGUCACAUCCCAAUCCAGAAGUGGUCGAGCACUUUCUCUUUUUGAAGUCGUUAAGUUUAAGAACGAUGCUUGUAACCCCGGAGGUUCUUCGGGUCGUAUGGGAACAUGCUACACUGUUGAUGAAUGUUCUCGACGAAGUGGCUCUCCCUCCGGCACCUGUGCCAAUGGAUUUGGCGUCUGUUGCAUAAUGAGUUUAUCUUGCGGCGGUUCGUCUUCUGACAACUGCACUUAUUUGACAGAAAGUAUGAGUCCUGGUAGCGUGAUGGAAUGCCAAUAUGAGAUAUGUAAAUGUGCACCUGAUGUCUGCCGAAUUCGACUGGAUUUUCUGCAACACACCCUUGUUGGACCUGUGAUUGGAACCACAGAAAGUGGGAUUGAAGAUAGUGGUAACGCCAUUGGUGAUUGUAUCACAGACACAUUCUCCGUCAAGAACCCAAGAGCCAAAUCGCCUCCAGACAUUUGCGGCUUCAAUAACGGUCAACACAUGAUCUAUGACAUGGCGUCUCCGUGCUCCUCUCUGGACUUUGUACUUGGUGGUGGAGGACAAGCCAGGAAUUGGGACAUCAAAGUGACCCAAUAUAAAUGUGGUGAGGAGGAUGUCGCUGGUCCUUUGGGGUGUCUGCAAUAUUUUUCAAAUCCAAUGGGCCGAAUCUCCUCUUACAACUUCCCAACUACUUCCACUACUGUUGACGAAAACACUACCCACUUGUCUCGACAAACCUAUUCGAUGUGCAUUCGCCGAGAAGCUGGCAUGUGCGCCAUUUGUUACAUUCCGGCCAUCAUUCCUCUUGUUGAAGCAGCCGACGAUCAAGCCUCUUUUGGACUCAACAAAGGAGAGGAUGCUGCAGUUGAUACGGAGUGCCGAGACGACUACAUUCAGAUUCCGUUCGGAGAGACUGUCGACGCCAUUGAAGGUGGUCCUGGCAUACAGCUCUUUUGUGGACGUGCUUUUAAUGUUGACACUGCUGCAACGGUUCCUGCUUCCGUUUGUUCAAGCCACUUGCCAUUUCAAAUCCAUUACGUGACCACUCAAAAUGAAGUGGAUAAAGGAAAGAACAAUGAAAUGAUAAACUUCCCUGGAGGAAUCGUGGGAUUCAGUUUGGAUUACCGACAAGUACCGUGUUAAACCUCAAGCUGUCGAGCUUCAUCUAUCGAGAGAUGCUUUUUACAAGAGAAAUGUCGUCUUCUUGCAUCAAGAAAGUGUUUCCAAAUAACGUUUGGUCUAUUAAGACCAUCAGACAUUACUCGUCAUUUGUGACAAAUAAAACUUAUGUUGACAACACUUUGGAAUAAACAAUUGAAUUUACUUUCGUUUA